GUCUGUCGGCUGUGGGCGGCGGGGGAUGUCAGACAGUAUUGCGGGCGCAGGACUGCACGGGUCGACGAGCGAGAGGUGCAGAGGGUGGUGCUGCUACAGACUUGUGUGUACUGUACAAUAGUAUUGAGCAAAAGUCUGUGUACUUGUAAACGUCGGUAGGAAUAGUAGUGGUGGUGGUAGUGGUGACGGUGUAAUGGUGAUGGCGGCGGCGGCGGCGAGACGUAGAGGGGGAAAAAACUUGCGACAGGCCGAUCGACGACGGUGCUGCGGCCUCGCAGCCACCGGAUGAGUUCAGUCUGCCGCUGGACUUGAUGUGCAAUCAACGCCCACGCUGCAACUGUCACUCGCUCGUUACUCGCAGUUACGUUUCACCCAGUGUGACAUUUGUUACGAGCGGCUUUUCGUCGACAACAUUCCGGGUGUCGUCCCGACAUUGGCGGCAACUUUUACGCGGAUAAUUUAAAAUAUAAAUAAUAAAUUAUUUUUUUAACUUGUAAAUAUUUAUAAUAAUAAAACAAUAAAAGUGAUUUUGGUAUAAAGAAGACAGACAAUAAUUGUUAAUUUAAAUUAUUAUUUUAUUUAUUUUAUUAAUAUUUAUUUUUUUAAAGUCAUUUGGGACAAAUGCGAAUAAGUGACGCGACGUUUUGUUGGUCAUCUCUUGCCAGUUUAGUAAUAAUACAAAGUUGAGUAAUACUUGGUCUUGCAGUUGAUCUAAAGACGACGACGUUGUAAAGCCAAUCUAAUGAAAACACAGUGCUCUCUCAUCGCCGUCAACGUCGUCGUCGUAGUCGUCUUCGUCGUCUCAAGUAGCCUCUGCCAAACUUGGUCGUCCAAGUUAUAGGGAGUGACUACUGACUACUAACAACACAUCACUUACACACUGCUAGUGUCUUGAUAUUGAAAAAGAUACAAGAGAUUGAGAUUGAGAGUGAAGUGAGACAAGCGGCUUGAGGUGUUUUUCUCAUACCGUGUCUGUGUACUGGUGUUGUUUUUUUAAAUUUAAAUUUCAUUUUCCUCAGUACGUGACAGAUAAAAAUGUAAUGAAAUAAUAAAAAAUUAGCAAGGGGGAAAGGAAACGUCAUCAUCAUCAAGACUGAAAAUAAUAAGAGACCAAGGGCAAAUAACGCGGCGCCAUGCUCUAGCUUGACAGCUGACAGACGCUGUGUUGUAACUAUACGUUGAAUCUCUUCUUCACCGCAUCACAUACACACACGUAAUACAUGUGCCCUGUGAAACUAUUGUUCUGAACCAGUGUGUCCGUGUGUAUGCAAACCUACACACGUACACCGCACAUAUAUAAAACUAUAUAUACAUACAUAGACAUACAAAGUACGAUAUAAAUCCUCGAUUCGUAUUCUAACCGUCAAUCUGGCGUCAUCAUCAUUCAAAUGAAGCUGCGGCGUCGCUGCAUACAGACGCUCGGCGUCUCUGUCAAACAAUUGAGGAGAAAGUUGGUCGAGUUGGGUGCGCGAAUCCUCCACGUUCAUCAAACAUCUAAAUCCAGUGACAUGGCCCUCAUGAUGCUGUCGGUGAGCGCAGGCAUGGAUGUCGGCUGUGGGGGUCACGGUGGCCUCGAAAGUGCGACAGCAGUUGCUGGCGGUGCGGAUGGCAUGCAGGAGGCAAUGGUCGCGGCAGCAAGAGAUCGAGCUGUACGUACUGUAAGUGUACGACAAGAUCUCGCUCUUGAUUUACCACCGCGGCUUCAACUCCCCGAUGGUGAGGAGCGGCCCUAUGGUGCUCAUGCCGGGCUGCAUCUUCGUGAUCCUGAGCAGGAAAGCGAGAUUUAUCAAAAAUGCGUACGUCCACCUCCAAAUCGAACAAUAUUUGACAGCGAGAGUCCACCUCCGUAUACAAGAAGUCAAUCAACGAUACUGGAUACUCCAGAUCGGAUAAUACGUUGUCACAGUGCUGGUAGUUCAUUAUUGAGGGUAUUUAAAAAAUUCCCAAGCAAUGUAGGUGGCUCAACACCGGUUGUUGUGGUGCCGCCAUCAAGGCGGCCUAGUCUAUCAAGCUAUUCCGAGUCCAGUGGUAAUUUGAGCAAUUUAUCAAGUCUGACUGUGGUACCUUGCGAGGCAGAUGAGAAUAACCAUCUACAUCAUCGGGAUCAUGUUUGACCCAAGCCAACGUUGACGUGUUGUCAACGAGCGCAACAAUUGUGAAAUGGCAGCAGAUAUAUAUUAUUAUUAAUAAUUAUUCACUGAGCGACGAGACACAACGGGAUUCUUGUGAGCAAACGUGGCUUUGUCUCAUUGUUUAUUAUUAUUAUUAAUUUUUUUUUUUUAUUUUUUCGUUUAUUAUUUUUCUUUCUCUUUUAUUUACUUGAACAUAUUGAUGACAAUAUAGCAGCAUUGGUCAUUGAAUAGUUAAAUUGUUUGCAUCUACGAGUACACUCGUCGUCGUUGUCGUCGUCGUUGAGAAUUAUGGAGGAGUAUGAGAUCCUAAAGACUGACUCGUUGAAAAAAUAUUUAAUAAAUGGAUACUAAAAUUUAAAAAAAUAAAUAAAUAAAAUAUUUAAAAAAAAAAAAAAAAAAAUUAAAGCAACAUGCAAAUCACGGCGUGACAUUUUAGUUAAUUGUCGCUAAUUGAUAUGGGGAUGAUUAUAUUGAUUACACUUGAGAAAAUAAAAUGAGGGAUAGUUAAAGUGAAUGAUGGAAAGAGACACAUCAGUACUGUGUCAUAUAGGACAUAAGUAAUAAUCGAAAGUAAUAGAGAUGUUGUUUAUGAAAAGAAAAAAAAAUAAAUAAAUAAAAAAACUAACUAAUUAAUUAACUAAAUAAAUAAAUAAAGAAAAAAAAGGAGAGCUGAAAGUCUGAAGACUUAAGAGAUGUAUUUGAGAUAAACGUCCAAUACAGCAAUUGUACGAUGAUGCAUAAGCAAAAAAUAAAUACAUAAAUAAUAAUGAUAAUGAAUAAAAUUAAUUACGACACAUCGGAGAACUCUGUAAAUAUCAGAACACAGAGACGAUGAUUCUUCUUUAUGCUCAUGACUGAUGUAUGCAGACAACGAGAGCGUAACCAAGGGUCAAGUUUGACGACGGUUCGACCAAGUUUGUUCUUCGAGGAAAAAAAAUAUAUAAAAAAUAAGUAAAAAAAUUAAGAAAAAAAAAAAAAGUAUAUAAUAAUAAAGUAAAAAGACUUAGUAAAUUAUUUAGUAAACGAUAUUGCGAUUCUUGCAUGUUUUGCGAAUUUAUUAAUAGAGGAAAAUAAUUAAAAGUAAAAAAAAUACGGCGAUAUAUUAAAUAUAUUAAAUGGAUAUAUAAAUAAAUAUAUUAUAUAUAUAUAAAUAAAUAAAUAAAAUGAGAAAUAGACAUGCAAGUGACUUGAAUGCAUUUUUGUUGUGUGGUCAUCGAGUUUUAUUUGUUGAUGAGUGUGUGGAAAUUAAUAUGUCGGAGGAUAUUCAAAGGUGUGUGUGCCUGGCAAUUUAUUAUGAGAAUAAAAGUAAUAAGAACGAACGAAUAAUAGUGCCAAUUCGGUGAAUAAAUUAAAUAAAUUGAAAAUUGUAUAUUAUUAGGUAGUUCAAUAUCGAUAUUAAUAUUAAUUAAAUUUUUUUAAAUUAAUAAAAUACAAUAAUGAAUAUGCUACGUAUCGAUGACGGAGAAAAUGGGAAAUUAAAUUAAAAUAGGACGGAAUAAAUUUUUUUUUUACACAUUAAUCCAAAUUGAUACUAUACAAUAAUAAGAAUGUUAGAAAAAAAAAAUUAAAUAUCUCUGGCACGAUAAUAUGUAUUGAAAAGUCAAUCCGUUUUAUCAUUAUUAUUUUUACGUUCACUUUCUAUUUUAGAAAUUUAUUUGGAAAAAAAAAAUUAUAUUUAUAUAAAUAUAUAAUUUCUGCGUUUUAAAAUGAAAAAUAUAUAUAUUGUGACUUGUCGUCGUGGCAGAGAUUGAUUAUAUAAAAAUAAAUAAAUUAUUGUAUGCGAAAAAUUCUAGUGAAAAAUUAAAAAAAAAAAAAACUAAUGAUAAUUAAAUUAGAUAAAAAAAAUUAAGUCUCGCGACUCAAUCUCCAUUAUCAUCGUGAUUAAAAUAAAAAAUAAAAUUAUUAAAAUCACGACGACAAUUGUAUAUGUAUUUAGGAGAUGUGUGUUAAAAAACGCAGACGCAAAUCAACGAUAGUAAAAGUUUUUAUGAUAUUUUUCUCAAGGCAAUGUCCGGCCAGUUAUUUACGCAAUAAUCCGACCGUUUAUACUUUACGUGCUAAUCGUAUAGCUCGAAAGAUAAAACGUCAAAACUAAUACAUAAUUAAAUUAAAUUUUUAAAAAAAUAAAUAAAUAAUUAAUUGAACAACAAUUUUUGUCCUCUCUGUAUCUUUAAAAUGUGUUCACGCGUAUGCAAUAUUAGGUGAUGAAUAAAAAAAAAUUGUAUAUUGAUAGAAGAAAUUACUGCCAGAGAGGCGAGAGGGGGACAUUAACUUUAAUUUAAAUAGGCGGGGUACGGCGAGUUAGCGGGAAUUGUUAAAAAAAAAUAAAUAAUUAAAAAUAAAAGUAA